CUAUCUGUCUACUGUGAUAUGGUGAACUGUUGUACCCCAGGUCAGCCAGGCGUUGAUAAGGCGCCUAUAAUAUUAUCACUGGCAAUGUCUAGUCAGUACUCAGUCAACAUGGACGUUAUCCUCCGCUGUCUUGUGUUGGUACUUACGACACUUGUAGCGUUCACUGCCGGCUCUGCUACCACUGCAACAACCUCUACAUCACAAGAUAUGGACACCGGACGAGUAGCUGGACAUGUAGGAGCUGAACAUUGCAGACCGUGUACUCCAUGUGAGGUGUGUCAGCCCCGUCAAGUUGAGGUGGCGAAACCUCAGGAAUGCAAGAAAAGCUAUUUAUUAAUUGAUGAGAGGUCUUCGUGGUAUGAAGCCAUGGCCGGGUGCAAGAUGCGUGGACAGCGGCUGGCCACCAUCAACAACAUUGAAGAGUGGAAUCAGGUGAAGAGAGAAAUUACACUCAAAACAUCUGUUCACAGGUCCCACACAUAUUGGACUGCUGGGAUGGGCAUUAAAAGCAUCGGUUUUGUGUGGGCCUCGACGUGGGAACAGUUUAAUUUCACCAGCUGGAGGGAUGGCGAGCCUCGGUUUCUAGGCAACAUUUACUGUGUUGCAAUCGACUGGAUCUGGUCCAAUCAACACGAAUAUGAUUGGAUUACAAGAAUGUGCAGUUUUACAAAAUAUUUUAUUUGUGAAAAAUGUUUAAACCAGUAAAUUUUUAACAAUACUGUUAUUAUAGCUUUCUUUAAAAUUAAAGUAUGGUAAUUUCAAAACUAAAGGAUAUUUUAUUUAUUAAUACCAGGAAUGCUGUUGUGUUUAUUUAUUCCUCAUAUCAGUAUUGAGGAAUCCUCAAGCGCUCUUAAGCAUUUUUU